UUUACAUUCCACCAUCUGCCUGUUUACUGUUCUCUGGAUUACACACACACAUACACACACACUUACUUAAAGACAUUACUUCCAGACAUUGUCCCUGCUGCAUGGUAUAUCAUGCAUAUGGCAUAGGGACAACAGGGGGCGCAGCAAGCUGUCUACCUCUAUGACGUUCCCAUGGACUUCAUUCACCAGUGUUACUGUGUUGCAGGACGGUCGAGUGGACGGUGUAUAGGAUAACAUCCAUGAUGACCAGUGAGCAGUUUCUGCAGAGGCAGUCAAGCAUGUGGACAUGAACAGAAGUUUUGAUACGGAUUCAUUGUUUCGGUGGGAGUUCAUUUUAACUCAAGGACUUCAAGUUACUUUCGGAUUAUGAGGAUACCUUGUGCGUUUGUUUAUGAAUCUCACGGGGCUGAAGUCUUAAUACCUUUGAGGAGACAUAUUGCAUCGCACACUUGAUAAAAAGUAACAGGUUGACAUACGCAUUUAGUUUUUCAAGGUUUUUUUUUUGUGAGAGAGAACGCAAGAUCGAGGAUUUUACCGGUGAGGGAGGAGGCUGCAGACCUGCUGUCUCUGAGCGGUGUAACGUUUCGGCAGGGGGACAGUUCAGUCGUUUAUUCGAGCCUGGGGGUCAGGGGUCAACUCACAUGGUCAAGUCGACAGCAGUCAGGGUCGUGGGGAUACACUCUAAUAUGGGCUAAGGCUCUAGUUGUAGCUGUGAGCUGAUCAUUCAUGGCUCAGCUUACUUAUGCUUUAUGCUGCAAAUACAACUUUUAUCUUCCCUGCAGAAGCUAGAGAAGCAUUAGGAGCAUGUGUGGAGUGUGUGUCUGGAGCCUCAGAGUCUCCAUACUCCUGCUCUUUAGGCUAUACACACUGGACUGCCAGCUUGCAACAGACCACAGAAAGGUCCCUCAGAGGGCAGAGACCCACCAAGGAGCUGUAGCCGGGCAGGGAGGGGUCCGGGGCUCCUGGGGGGCAUGGGGGUCGUGGACCUCCUGCUCACGGACUUGUGGAGGAGGGGUGCAGGAGCAGACACGGCCAUGCCUGCCCUUGUACACCCCCUCGCUGGCCUCCUCCUACCCCUCCAGACCUGGGGUCUACCCACAGCACCCGGGACAUGUGGUGUCCGCCUUGCGCCCCUCCGUUCCCCUGCAUCGUGAGGCAGGGAGACCCCCCAGCUCCAACAGUAGCAGACGAGGGGAGCUUAGGAGUCCACAGAGAGAGAGGGAAGCUCGGCCUGGUCGCAGGAGGGGCAGUGACAGCCCAAUCGUUCCAGGGAGGUACGGAUAUGGCAGGAUGCCAUAUGUAGUUUCCCUUCAGACGGACACAGGCCAGGCGUCCGAGGGGGCACGCUCACACCGACAAAGACGCGCUCCGCUCCCUGACCCCAACUACCCCACUUCCCGACACACAGGCCACAGGUCCUCCAAUUGGCAGCACUACAACAACCCCAACAUCCACAGCCCAACCCACCAUCAGCCCCCAGCCCCCCAGCCCAGAACCAACCCAGUCUGGGCCCCAUUGUACCAGCCGGGCUCCGCACACCAUCCCCAGCAGCCCCAGCAGCCCCAGCAGCCCCAGCAGCCCCAGCAGCCCCAGCAGCCCCAGGCCGGGCAGGGUCGGUACCCAGCCAGCCAGGCCCCAGCACCUCUGACACCCCCAGAUAGACCCUACAACCCCCUUCCCACCUCCUCCUGCAUUGGGGAGCACAGCCAGUACAGGAUUUGCAACACCAAUGCCUGCCCCCCAGCGAGCAGACACAUCCGGGCUGUGCAGUGUUCCUCCUACAACAGCCAGCCAUUCAUGGGGCGCCUGUACGAAUGGGAACCCUUCAACGAAGUUCCUGGAGACCAGCACUGUGAACUCAACUGUCGGGCCAUUGGGUUUCGAUUCUAUGUGCGGCAGUCGGACCGGGUCAUUGACGGGACCCCAUGUGGCCAGAACGACUCAUCCUUGUGUGUGGCAGGGCUGUGCCAGAGCCUGGGCUGUGAUGAGUACCUGGGCUCUGGGAAGGUGAUGGACAGGUGUGGGGUGUGCGGCGGAGACAACACAGCCUGCAAGGUGGUGACAGGUCUCUUCCAGCAUAGUCUGUCCAAGGUGGGCUACCACAAGGUGGUGGAGAUACCCGAGGGAGCCACCAAGAUCAACGUAACAGAGAUGAUGAAGAGCAGGAACUACCUGGCUCUGCGUAGCCGUUCCGGUCGUUCCAUCAUCAAUGGGAACUGGGCCAUCGACCGUCCAGGGAAGUACCAGGGCGUGGGCACUAUGUUUACUUACCGACGACCCAAUGAAAUCUCCAGCACCGCCGGAGAGUCCUUCCUGGCUGAGGGUCCCACCAAUGAGAUCCUGGAUGUCUAUGUCAUCUUCCAACAGCCCAACCCAGGAGUUCAUUAUGAGUACAUCCUGCCCUCUGACAACCCUGUCAGUCCACAGCACCCUGACCACAGGCCUGGAGGCAACACUCUGAAUGGGCAGGGUGGGUACAACCAUCGUAACCCCCAGCCAGAGGGCUAUGAACCCACGGGUGGGGGCAGCAGGUACCCAUCUCAAAACCCUGACAACCAGGUGCCCCUGGCCCCGCCGCCACGACGCCAAAGAGACUACAACUGGAAACUGUCUGGGACAACAGAGUGUAGCACCUCCUGUGGCCGAGGUAGUAGGCACACCAUCUUCCGCUGCGUCCACAGGCUGAGUCAUGAGCAGGUGUCAGAAAGCCUGUGUGACAGCAGCACCAGGCCCAGCUCGCAGGAGGAACCCUGUAGCCUGCAGCCCUGCCCGGCCUUCUGGGACAUAGGGGAGUGGUCCGAGUGCAGUAAAACCUGUGGCCUGGGCAUGCAGCACAGACAGGUGCUGUGCCGCCAGGGGUACGCCAACCGCACCCUCAACGUCCAAACCACCCUCUGCCGCCACCUGGAGAAGCCCGAGACGGCCAGCACCUGCCAGCUGAAAAUCUGCAGCGAGUGGCAGAUACGCAGCGAGUGGAGCACCUGCUCCGUGCCGUGUGGCGUCGGCCAGAGGGCCCGGGAGGUGCGCUGCGUCAGCAACGUGGGGGACUUUGUGGAAGACGAAGAGUGCAACAUGAAGCUGAGGCCCAGUGACGCGGAGAACUGUGACAUGGGGCCCUGCGCCAAGAGCUGGUUCCUCACCGAGUGGGGAAACAGGUGUUCUGCCGAGUGUGGGAUGGGUGUCCGGACGCGAGGUGUGCUGUGCCUGACCAAUCACAUCAGCAGCCUGCCCCUGGAGGGGUGUGGUCACGAGCGUCCGGCCGACUCCCAGGUGUGCAACCAGGGUCCAUGUGAGAGUCGCAUCGACUGGUUCACAGGCCCCUGGAGCCAGUGUUCAGCAGAGUGUGGCACGGGCAGCCAGCAGAGGGUGGUGGUGUGUCUGAUGAAGACGGAUGAAGGCCACACCGUCAUGCCCCCGUAUGAAUGUUCCUCGCUGGAUCGGCCCCUGGGGCAGCAGACCUGCCACAUAAAGGCCUGCGGGGCCAAGUGGUACCACACAGACUGGAGCGCUUGCUCCAAGACGUGUGAGGGGGGGUUCCGUGUGCGGGAGGUGCGAUGUCUGUCAGAUGACAUGCAGCCCAGUGAGGACUGUGGGGAGCAGCAGAGACCUGCGGACAGGGAGGAGUGUCACCCAGAGCCCUGCGUGCCUCACAUAGACGAGAACUGCAGAGAUAAGUACUUCAACUGUAACGUGGUGGUCCAGGCUCGCCUGUGUGUGUACGACUACUACAAGACCACGUGCUGUGCUUCCUGCUCACGCGUGGCCCACAGACAGUCCACAUACAGGGGGCGCAACAGCUAACCCGCCCCUCCCGCGGGCCUGCCACCUCCAGCUGGGGCAAGCACAGUACCCAGGGAAGGUCCUCCGUCCCUGGGUCAUACGCUGACGCAUGGGGGAGUGUGGUGGGGAUAGCCUGCAUCAAGCCUUUUGGUGGACCUGGUUACAUUGAAGUCCCAUUACUAUAAACUGAGAGAACUGAACAAGCCUCGGUGACGGCCAUUGAGAAAGGGACCAGCUUGUGAUGGUGGAGAUUUACGGGGCAUGAGUGGAGCUUUGAUGGACAUCAAACAGGAGAAUCUGGAACCACUUUAUGGGCGGUAACCGGAACCGUCCAAUAAAAAUGAUCUGUCUCUUCUCCUUGUUUAUGGAAGAGCAGUUUGUGGCUGUCACUCACAUGCCCUGUGACCUAAAGACAAGGAGGGAGGCUUCAGUGUCUGGGGCUUGUAGUCCCAGCCACUGCUGGCCUGUGGUUCACAGGCAGUCAAAACAGAACACAUUUCAAACAUUGUGUUUGAGAAAAUGCAUAGACUGUACACACAUUCUAAUAAGCUUUUUUUAAAUUCUAAAACAGCCACAUAUUUAUGGUAUGAUGAUUAAUAAAUCCAUGUAGUAUGAAGUUGCCCUUGCCCUUGAAUCACCACUUCCUAUAGCAUGUGUCAGGAAGGCAUCAGUUGCCUUCAUCACAUAAACCCUUAAGUUGACCAAAGAUAAGUCAUAUCCUCACACAACUCAGUAUUUCCUUCAAAGUCUCUUUACUACUCUAUACUCUUUACAAAUGUCCGACAACAAUGCUCUCCUCCAAGAUCUACCUGUCCCUAUUGUCUGUUUUGCAGCACUGCCUUCUGGGUAUUUCGUAUAUAUGAAUGAAUGAAUGAAUGGAUGGAUGGAUGACUUUGAGGCUUGUUCAGUGAAUCUGCCCAGUGACUAAAUAGAGAGCCCUCUUUAUUUCUUUGCAGGGAUCCCUGGGGGGUGGGGGGCUGUUUUAUCAGUCACCAGUGGCCCCUUUUGGCGGCAGGGUUGAAGCAUCCACUGGCACCUCCACCAAACCGCUACAUGGAUGUAGGCAUUCCAGAGCUCAUUAGAUGGUUAAAACAGAUGGUUUGCUGCAUGCUGAUACAUUUUUAGAGAAGGGUAGAGCAUACACUCUAGUGAAGACUGGAACAUAUUUUCCAAUAAAUCUUAUUUUCAUCUAUUUUUUAAGUUGUUUCAUUUCUAUAAUGUUGGUACGUAACAAAUGGUGCAAAUGCAAGGUUCGUUUUUAGGUAUGUAGGCAAUUUUCAACAAACAUUGCAUCUUUUGAUGUGUGAUGGAUGUAAGACUUGUGGAGGGAACUUGAUAUUUCUACAUAGAAUGACCAUUCUGAUUUCAUCCAGUCAAGCACCCUCCAAGUAGUGUUCAGCUUAUCCAUGACAGCUAUGUAUGUCAUUCAAAGUCACAAAGUCUGGUAUGAUCUCAGACGCCUUAACAAGGUCUAUAAAGUGUAUGUUAUAGUUAAGAAAAUAACCAUAUUGAAUGUGUCAUAAAUGUUACACUAUUAUUUAUCAAAACACACCACACAGAUACAUCCGUUUUUGAAUUGCUAAUGCAGAUAAUGCAUCAUUAUUCAUAUAACUUUUCAUGUUUUAUGUUCAGGUUUUGAUUGACAUGCAGUGUUUUUGACAGUAUGAAUAAACUAUUAAUGAUGUUUAUACAAAAUCUGAACAAUGUAUUGUCAAAUGGUUGUCAAAAAGGUGAUGGAAAAACUUGGCCCCAUUGAGAAAUGUCCAUACCACAAACUGAUAGUUCAGUUCUAUGUGAAAAGAUUUAUAUAAACGUUUUCUUGCUAAUUAUCUUUUGUCUCAGAGGUAAGAAGAGUACUCCACCUAGUGGAAACUAGCUGGUUGUUCAUCAGGAUGGUGGAGCUAGACAGCCUAAUGCCAAGGAUAGCCAGGCAGGCACGAAGACCAUUACAGCUGAGCAGACUGGCUUACAACCCUGCCAGGAGGCUCACAGCCAGAGAACAAGCCCUGCUGCUGACUACAGACACAUAAUUACCUCAGGACGCUCAAGCUGUGGCCAGUGGCUCACUGCAGGUGGAAUAAAGCUCUGUAGACUACUACUAUUUGUGCCCUCUGUCAUUUUCUAUAGAAGAAUAAACACUUCACAUAUUAUGACUGCCAGGAAUAAUAACAUAAGAAAAAACACUUUUCCUGUUUCUACUACACCCACCUGCUCAUUUUUGACAAACAAGCCAUGAAAGAAGGAAAAAAAGAUAUUUGGGUAGUGCUGAAACCACUGCAUGAAUACUGAAUCUUAAUGUGCCAUUUGCCUGAAAGAGACAGCUAACAUUUAACGAAUCACCAUCCAGGUCUACAGGGCAAAAGCUGUUUCCCUCCGACAUUCAUCAUCCCUUCAUGUGGUUUGCGAGUCUCAAAUUACACUGCAAUUCACCUUACCUCGUCAGGAUUUCAAUGAAAGUUGCCUCCUGAUUCAUUUGGGGCUUCUUUCUGGUUUAUUUUAUAGUUGGCAUAAUAGGCUACUGUUUGACAAAACCAUUUUAAUUAGAAAAGGAAUCUAGAAGCCGUGUCCAUUUUCACACUUUUGAGGACAGAAAUUACCUACCAAGAAAUGGUAAUAGGCACACAAUACCAGUUGAUGGUUGACACGGUGGGCUGUGUAGAUUGGUGCUGCUCACUGUUCAAACAUACCUCUCUGCACACAUUCAUUCUUAAUCUACAUAUCACACACUAG